CGGAGUGGAGUGGCAACGGGUAGGGCUGAGUGAAGAGGGGAUCCCCGGGAAUCUUUUUUUUGUACAUCGAAUUACGGGUGUAAAUAGUCUGUCAAAACAAGUGAAAAGAUUAAAGGAAACCUCUACAACAACACCUCUUCUCCCCAGUGCUGACAUGGCAACUCUGGAACUCUCAGUGCUGCAGCCACACACAUGCAGCACCAAGGCAUUCGUUCAGGAGGGGGACCAAGCGUCCGGAUGGCCUGCCGCCUGCCUGCCUUGCAACCAGGUCUGCUAGCUGUGUACUGAGCUGCUGGCGUUCUAGUGGAGGUGCUGACUGAGACUCAGAGCCAUGUCGGAGGAGGUGGUGCGUCAGACACGCAGCCAGAAGAGGGCCCUGGAGAGGGAUGUGGCGGCCCCUGGCAGUCCUGCACGGGAGACAGACAGUAAGAAGGUGAAGUUGGAGGCUUGUGAACUGUCACCUUCAGCAGGAGGAUCUAUAGCCCUGGUGGCAGUGGGUGAAGAUGGAGACGUAGUGAAGGGUAUUACCAAGGCAGCCAAAGUGGCCAGCAUCCUGAAGACCGGCGAGGUCAAGGCUACCAUCAGAGUAGAGGUGCAGACCGGGGAGGGGCCUGUAGACAUGAGCACGUCCAAGAGUGACAUAAAGAAAGAGAGGCAGCCCCCUUCACCAAACGAUGAUGUCAUAGUACUGUCAGACAACGAGCCGUCCAGCCCCAUCAUGAAUGGCUUGAACCAUUUCAGGAAGACGGACACCGAAAUGCUCAUGAAGAGUAGCCCUGAUCAGAGGGAGCUCAUCAUCAAGCAGCUGAAGGAGGAGCUGAGACUACAGGAGGCCAAGCUGGUGCUUCUCAAGAAACUACGACACAGCCAGAUCCAGAAGGAGAGCACUGUCCAGAAGCCAACCUCAGGCUCUGUGGCCACUCCUCCACCUUUGGUCAGAGGCAGCAUUAUAUCAGGCAAAGGACCACUACAGGUGUCAUCGGGUCGUAGCUCCAGCACAGUGAUUCCUCCUCCGUUGGUCCGGGGUGGGCAGCACGUCCCGUCCAAGCAGAACUCCCAGACCGUGAUGCCUCCCCUGGUCAGAGGGGCUCAGGUAACUCAUAUUCUGCCCAUAGCAGUGUCUCCCCAGCAGAUUGCGUCCUUGCGGCAGCAGCAGCAGCAGCACUCUGGGUCGGGCCCCCCACCUCUGUUGUUGGCCCCCAGGGCCUCGGCCCCCAAUGUCCAGGUGCAGGGCCAGAGGAUCAUCCAGCAAGGUCUCAUCAGGGUGGCCAACAUCCCCAACACCAACGUCCUGGUCAGCAUACCACAGGUCAGACCACAUUCUGUAACCCAGGGCUCUCAGAAGGGCUCGUCUGUGACGUCCCAGGCCGGGAUGGGGGGCAGUGUGUCCACAGUCCAGGCCAGUGAGUCCCCUGCAGCCCGCCAGGCGGCCGCCAAGCUGGCUUUACGGAAGCAGCUGGAGAAGACCCUCCUGGAGAUUCCUCCUCCCAAACCCCCAGCCCCUGAGCUUAACUUCCUGCCCUCAGCGGCCAACAACGAGUUCAUCUAUCUGGUGGGCCUGGAGGAGGUGGUGCAGAACCUGCUGGAUACACUGGGACGAGGGAAGCAGCAGGGUCAGUCUGUUGCCCCAGUAACCCCUGUCCCCAAGGAGCCACACACCUGCGCCCAGUGCAAGACGGACUUCACAUCACGCUGGCGCUCUGAUAAAAGCGGUCCUAUCCAGUGCGAUCAGUGCAUGUCGUCCAACCUGAAGAAGGCCCUGAAGGCAGAGCAUACAAACCGGCUGAAGGCUGCCUUCGUCAAGGCUCUGCAGCAGGAGCAGGAGAUUGAGCAGCGCAUCCUCCAGCAGCCCGCCUCCGCCUCCCCAGUUUCCAAAACGCCCUCCUCCUCCUCUUCUGGGAUGAAGACCGAUCAGCAGCACGUUCUGGUGUCUCAGCAGUACAAGCUGGCCAGAGCUCAGCUCCAGCAACAGCACCGAGGCACGCCUGUAGCUCGUCACCACUCCUCCAUCAAGCAGAGCCCUGGUCAGCUGUCUCGUUCUGGGCAGCAGACUGUGGGGUCUCGCGGUGUCUCUCACACGUUCACCACGUCCUCGCAGCAGCUACAGAACGCCGUGAGCGCGGCUGCGUUGGUCAGCAGGCCAGGUAAGCACGCCAUGCGCCCGGCGCAGGGGGCAAAAGGCAGCGGCAGCAGUAACCACUCGGCCAACUCCGCCUGGAGGAAGCAGACCACCGGGAACUCAGGUGUGACCAUGGCCUAUGUGAAUCCCAGCCUGUCUGUCCACAAGACCACCACGUCGGCCAGCUUGGAGCGCCAGCGAGAGUACCUCCUGGACAUGAUCCCAUCCCGCACCAUCUCCCAGACAGCCAACACAUGGAAAUAAUCCCCGGACCAGCACUGCAAUAAUCAAUCUGAAUAAUAGUCAUUCUUUAUAUUAACCAACAAUAGACUCCUUCCUGGAAAACCUCACCAGAUCAUCUACUAUUGACCAGUGAAAUGAAAACACCCAGAACUACUCUCCUUCUACCAUCUUCCUCUGACAUUUUGUUGUACCAAGACAGUACAUGGCUCUAAGUUGUUACAUCCCAAUGGCCAAAGGGGUAGAAUGGAUUUAAUCUCUCUCAAACUUUUUCGGUGCCCCUCUGCCAUUUCUUCUAAAAGAUCUUCCGAUCUUCCCAUAUUUGCACCAAGAAGGAUGGAUGUCCCAGCUCAGCCAUGUCUGUGGAUGUCGUCGGCUCGGGAGGGACAGGACAGUUAACAUCAUCCACUGUGAAUGAUGCGCCUUAUUUACACAACCCCCCAUCUACCUGAAAGAGCCAAGACCUGGUCUCAGACAGACUGAAACCCCAACUGAAAGACAGACAGACAGACUGAGACCCGGACUGACAGACAGACAGACUGAGAACCCAACUGAAAGACAGAGAGAGACCCGGACUGACAGACAGACAGAGACCCCUACUGACUGAUUGACUGACAAAGAGACAGACAGACAGACAGGUAGAGUGAGACAGGUGUCUUUGCAGGGACUGUGGUUGAGCCUAGAAUAGAGGACCAUCCAUGGAAUACUAAAAUAGCUUUGGCGUUGCUAAAAAUAAAAAAAUAAUAAAAUAAAAUUUUUAAAAAAUAUAUAUAUAUCCACACAGACUGCCUCCUCUUUAAACCGAUUUGGUGCAGAACCAAGGAGCAGCCCAGAUAUUGUCUGGUUAUUUUGUAAGACUGAAUGUUAAAUAAUUUUAGUUUUUUUCUUAAGUCAUAUACUGUGCUGAGAGAUGUUGUGCUCCCUACUAUUUUGGAACUGGACUCUCUUGAAGGUCUGUGUUUAAAGUAAUGUUACUGUUGAGGUGGUUUUACAUCUGCUGGUUUAGUGUUUCAUUUUCAAAGACUUGUUUUUUAACCUGAAACAGGAUUUAAGUAACUAACUGACUUAAUAUGUACAAACACAGAACACUUCGUGGGGGGUCUUUUUGAAAAUGUUUUUUUUUUUUUUUUUAAACCUCCAAAGAAAUGGUGGAGCCCAAAUCAAUCAUUUCUAUUGGUUUAACCCUAUGUAUAAAAUAAUGUCAGGAAUUUCAUUUUUCUGAAACGAAAGGGGAGGGAAUGUCCUCUUAAUGAAAUUAUUUUGCUUUUAGUUGUAUGUUGUGGUGCAUUACUUUCCUUUAUAUAAACAGAUGCAGUCUCUGGGUAUAUUUGUAAGGUCACUAAUUAAGAUUCAAGCUUUUGCCCUCAGUUCCAAUGGAUCUUCACUUUAGAUGACUUCUUGUGUCCAGCGGUUCUGACCAGCACAUUGAUUGGUCUAAAAAUCUAAACAGCUUUCAGAAUGUAGUUAUGCAAAACCCUAGGAACAUUAAAUACUUUUCAUUGUUUUUCUUUUACAGGGGAGCGUGUGAGUUACAGUAAAUCAGGUCCCUUAAUAGGCAAGCUAGUUCCUCUGGUGGAAAGGCCAGUGAUAUUGCAUUGCUGUAGGUGGUGCAGUACAAAGGUGGGAAAGUGUUGAAAUGGGAACCAUGCUUACAAAGCUCCCUCUCAGAAGGAAUGAGACAGUGCUGUGUCAGUAUAUGAGGUCUUACGAGGUCAAGCUUCUGUAUCCAAACAUGGUUCUCAACUGGACAACAGUCAAGUGGUCUAGUACAAUUAAUAUGAAAGGAAGUUAAUCAACAAUGAUUUCAAUUUAGGCCUUCUCAAUUGCAUUUUCUUAUUUUUCUUCCAACACAUUGUGUCCAUGCUUUCUCCUGAAAGGUUUUGAUAGUAGUGUGUGUUAUUCCAUACCUCCAGAUAAGCAGUGUGUUUGUGUUAAUGAUGAGACACGGUGAGUCCUCGGUCUCUGUGUCCUUAAUGAAUAAAGCGCUGAUUCAUAUAGUAACUCCCUAUUAGCUAUUUCAUUUUCAUAUGAACCCUGUUGUUUUAUGUAACUACCAGGCUACUGUAAUUAGCUGAUUUGCUCAUGUUAUCAUUUUGGUACCUUUUUUCCAUAACUGCCCUAAUAUCAGAUUGAAGUCUGAUUCAUUGACUUGCAUCUCUAAAAACAGCACAUUCUAAAUAUAUUGCACUACGUAUUGUGCUCUGUGUAAAGGUUGUGCAUAUAUGGGGAAUGGGUGUCAUUAGAGGUUUCUGUUAUCUUUCUCAUGGUGGUUGAUGGUUGUAGUCCUUGGCUUGUGUUCCAGGCUGCUAGUGCAGCAGCCACUACUAUGCUGUUCUGACUACUGUCUACUGCUGCUAUUCGACAACUAACACCAUUCCGAUUUACCUGGGGUGCUAGCACGGUUUACAGCGUAGCACAUCACCCUGAGAAAAAAAGUAAAAGAAAUGUUCCUAUGUUUUUUUUUUCUCUGCUCUAUCAAGUAAUAAUAAUAAAAAAAAACGUUUUGACCCCGUUUUUUUAUUCAGGGGUUUGUUUAUUAAUUGCAUACUUUUUAAUUGACAAAGUACUUUUUUGUAGGCCUGUACAAAAACGACUAAUAAUUGCACAUUGUAGUUUAAUAUGACCAGGCUUAUAUUGGCCUGGUAGUAUUAUCUCACAAAUACACCAAUCAUUUAUAUUACCCAAAAUGUACCACGUGUUUAAAUGAAUAAUAAUCAGAUAAUUCGGUUUGUUAAAUUCAAACCGAUAAUAAAGCUCUCACAUGAAAA